AAGAUAGUGAUACAGCACGUAACUAUUCUCCGGCCAAUCACGGGGCUGAUCCUGCGGGCUGACGUCGACCCUCCGUUGAUGUAAGGAUUAGUUUUCCUUCUCGACAAAAUCAAGUCCUACACUCUUUUACACACCACAGGCAUAUAAAUCAGAUAUUUCAGUGCGGGAUUAGCAAAAGAAAUCUCACUGCAGUUUAUUUGAUGUGUUGAGCUCUCCGAUUGUAUGGUUCCCGCUCAGUCGGGCUGCCACGAGUUUUCGAUAUACCGAUUUGACGAGAGCUAUCUGCAGUUGUAACGAUGCAGCUUACCUUGCAACGACUGCUGGUCGCUGCAGUUGCUGCAGCCAUAGCAGCGACAGCUUCGCCUCUUGCUGCAUUUGAGCAACAGCGGUUGAACGCGGAGUUGCAGCGGCCAGAGCUAAGUGUCGUUGGCCAAACUAUCUCUCGGAAAUUGACGGGGAAGUUUCUUCAUAUCACAGACUUACAUUUAGAUCGAUUUUACGUCCCCGGGUCUAACACUGAGGAUGAGGCCUGUCAUCACGGAAAAGGAAAUGCAGGUUACUUGGGGGCGCCAGGGUCCGAAUGCGACUCGCCAGAGUUGCUGAUCAACCAGACUUUCGAGUGGAUCGACAAAAAUCUAAGAGACAAGGUUGACUUUGUGAUUUGGACUGGAGACUCUGCCCGCCACGAUAACGACGAGCGUAUUCCACGGACAGAGAACCAAAUCGAAGAAUUCAACGCAGCCAUUUCAAACAAAUUCAUUGAAGUUUUUAGCCAUCGAAGUGAUCACCCCAACGAGGCUUUGAUCAUCCCUAUCAUUCCCAACAUCGGCAACAACGAUAUUAUGCCACAUAACAUUUUCGAAAAGGGGCCGAACCGGUGGACAGAGAAACUCGCUCAUUUAUGGGAGUCGUUUAUUCCAGAAGAACAGCGUCACACUUUUGUGGAAGGCGGAUACUUCCACACCGAGGUCAUUCCGAAUAGACUUGCUGUAUUCAGUCUCAACACGUUAUACUUCUUUGAUUCCAAUCAAGCGGUUGACGGAUGUGCCCAGAAGUCGGAACCGGGGUACCAUCAAAUGGAAUGGCUGCGCGUACAGCUGCAGCUCCUUCGCGAACGAGGAAUGAAGGCUAUACUUAUGGGUCAUGUCCCUCCUGCUCGAUCGGCUGAUAAACAGGCCUGGGACGAGAGCUGCUGGCAGAAAUACACGCUCUGGUUACGGCAAUAUCGUGAUGUCGUGGUCGGUGGUUUAUAUGGACAUAUGAAUAUUGAUCAUUUUAUGCUGCAAGACUCGGAUGAUGUGGACAUGGAUAGUCUUCUUCGUGAGGAGCGUAUGCCACCGUUCGUCACGGAAAACAACUACGAGAAUUUCACCAUCGAGUCCAAGGGCAGCUAUCUUAGCAGCCUACGUGAUCUGUGGGCCGAGUUACCGACACCGCCUCAAUCCGUUCUAGAAGACGAGUGGUCAAUCUCAGAUGCAGACGAUGAUGUUGACGCAACAAAGAAGAAAAAGAACAAGAGCGACAAGAAAAAAGAAAAAGAAAAGAAGAAGAAAUUCUUUAAGGAAAUUGGAGGCGAAUAUGCAGAGCGUUUCUCACUCACCCUUGUUUCCCCUAGCGUGGUUCCGAACUACUACCCGAGUCUGCGUGUGAUUGAAUACGACAUUACCGGGAUGGAAAAGGUCCCUACAUGGGCCGAGACACAACACAAGACUGGGAAGAAAGAACAGCAAUGGGCAAACCAUGAGCUCGAGGUUCAGAAGAAGUCUAAAAAGACACCGAUACCGGAUCCACCGUCCAAACGGACUCCUCCCGGACCUGCUUAUUCGAGGCAACCGUUGAGCUUGUUGAAUAUUGUACAGUAUUAUGCCAAUAUUACUCAAGAAGACAACACAAACGAAGUUGCAACGAAGGAGGGGGGUGAAGAGGGAAUUUCAUCCAAGAAUUUCCGGGUGAACUACCAGCUAGAGUAUCACACGGGGGAAGAUGAUGUCUAUAAAUUGCGCGACUUCACUGUGCGCAGCAUAUACAACUUGGCCACGCGCAUUGGGGCGGGUGAUUCUCCUUCUUCAUUAUCCGAUGCGACAUCUACAGCGACAGAAGACGAAAACGAUUCAACCAGUACCAGCAAGAAGAAUAAAAAGAAGAAGAAGAACAGGCCGAACAAGAACAACAAGACAUGGAAAGCAUUUGUUGAGCGGGCGUUUGUCGGGUUUCAUGACUAUGAUGAGAUUGAGGAUAAGUUAUAGUUGGUUUAUUUGCACAUUUUCGCUAUGGAUAUAUACUUCGUACUGGGUAGGAGAGCUGGGCGUUUCGGAUUGUGGUGUGUUUAUAUCUGCCCAACAUAUGAUCUUCAUGCCUAGAUGGUAGGAUGAGCCUUGAGAGAUUCCAAUGUCUAAUUGUCCAUGGAUAUUUCAAGGCUCAGGGAUUGAUCAACUUCUUAAUUGUACACAUUUCAAGAUAUACUAUAUACCCAUCAUUGAUAUUUGCAAUUCUUUUUCUUUAGAUUCGAGUAUCUCCACUACAACUUGCAUAUCAAUGCUUUGUAACCGGUAGCUAACAAGUCAUCGAUUUCCCCUGACUUUCAUCAGUAGAACUACUACUAUCCUCAUCACUUUCCUUUUCUUCGCUCUCCUCAGCAGGACCCCCAGCAACCAAGCUAGCCGCUUCUCCAUGAGACUCGGUCCGGGAAAUGUGAUAUU